GCUUAAUUCGGUCCAUAAAAAAGUGCUCUCUCUCUCUCUCUCUCUCUCUCUCUCUGAAAAAAGGUCGCCUUUUUUAACCGAGCAAUCACGGGACGCCCCUGAAAUCUUUGCCUUUGAAUUCAUCUUUCUACUGCCAAAGGACCUAAUCCUUCGAUCCUAUUAGAGCCAACCGUGAAAAUCUGCGUCCUCUUCUCCCUUAUUCUGGAAAAUCUUCAUUCUAAUGUGUUUUCUCUUCCUUCCAUUCCAAUCCUUGAAACAAUGAAACCUCAUUAUCUCUCUCCUUGUUAUGUGUUCGCAUGUAUAUUUUUUAUGUAGUUUUGACUUAUCCAUCAUCGCUGGGAUAUAAAAAAGGAUGCAAAUGCUGGCAUAAAAUUCUGUUAUUUGAGUACUUUCUUCGCUUUAUUUCUGAAAAAAUUGGUGGGUAUUCUUUGGUUUCAUAGUUUUUCUUGAUAAUUCAUGAGAACCCAGAUUUCUUUUUCAAUUUUCUUUAGAACCCAUGUUUCUGAAUCAGUUCAUGAACUUCCUAAAAUCAAUUCACACAUUCAGAAGGAAAAGUCCUUUUGAUUGUUUGCUUUGAUACAAUAUUCUCUGUUUUUCCACGUAGCCAUUUCAUAUUAAGUGCUUGAGAAGCUCGCCAAGAGCUUCAAUGGCAGCAUCGUGUUUCCACAUACUUCGUCUUCGUAAGUCGAAGAGUAAACCUUUGCCAAUCCCUUCCUCGUCCAAGACCCAGUUGAGUUAUGACAUGGAAAACAUGGAAAGGAGGAGAUUUGAUAGCUUGGAUUCAUGGUCUAUGAUAUUGGACUCCGAGAAUGUGGAGACUUGGGAGGUAUCUAAGGAGGAUCAGGAGGAAUGGACCGCCGAUCUCUCACAGCUGUUUAUUGGCAACAAAUUCGCGUCAGGAGCACACAGUAGGAUUUACCGUGGAAUUUACAAGCAGAGAGCAGUAGCUGUAAAAAUGGUUAGGAUUCCAAACCAGAAGGAGGAGACUAGAGCCUUAUUGGAGCAGCAAUUUAAGUCUGAAGUUGCCUUGCUUUCACGUCUCUUUCAUCCAAAUAUAGUGCAGUUUAUUGCAGCUUGUAAAAAGCCUCCUGUAUACUGUAUCAUCACCGAAUACAUGUCACAAGGAACUCUGAGGAUGUAUCUUAACAAGAAAGAGCCAUACUCGCUUUCAACAGAAACAAUACUGAGAUUAGCUCUUGACAUAUCUCGAGGAAUGGAAUACCUUCAUUCACAAGGGGUGAUCCAUAGAGAUCUAAAAUCAAAUAAUUUGCUUCUUAAUGAUGAAAUGCGGGUCAAGGUGGCAGAUUUUGGUACAUCAUGUCUUGAGACACGGUGCCGCGAAACUAAGGGAAACAUGGGAACUUACCGUUGGAUGGCACCUGAGAUGGUCAAGGAGAAACCUUAUACUCGGAAAGUUGAUGUGUACAGCUUUGGGAUUGUGCUAUGGGAGCUCACAACAGCUUUGCUUCCUUUUCAGGGGAUGACCCCUGUGCAGGCUGCAUUUGCUGUGGCUGAGAAGAAUGAACGCCCUCCAAUGCCAGCCAGUUGUCAGCCUGCGCUUGCACACCUCAUAAAGCGCUGCUGGGCAGCAAACCCCUCAAAGCGACCGGAUUUCAGUGCUAUAGUGUCUGCUUUGGAGAAGUAUGACGAGUGUGUCAAGGAGGGCCUUCCUCUUACUCACCACUCGAGGCUGGUCAACAAAAAUGUCAUUCUUGAACGAUUGAAAGGCUGUGUAUCCACCACAAGCAGCUCGUCCAUUCCUGUACAUGCCUGACUCUACUAGAAGUACGUUUUCUAUGUGAGACGUGAGUGAGGUUGACUAGUCGGGCGAGUUGAUGAGAUGUUGUUGUUGAUAUUGGAUGAGGAAAGUCAAAAUCAAGAUUAUCUUUCAAGACCAUGUAAAACGGAACACAGAGUGAGUCAAACACGUCGAGUUGAUUUUCUUUGAGAAUAGCAGCUCUCAGCGAUCCUUCUGGUCACAUACUUAUAACGUGAGCUUUAGGCUUG